GGGCCCCACAAUUGACCACAGUACUUUAUAAACAGAAGUAUAUCACCUUUGUACUUUGCCUGUGCUUUCUGUCUUCUUUGCCCACCCUGCGGCUUCAGUCUUUUGAGCGUAUGACAAGGAUGGCUUUUUCUGGAGAUGGGAAGGAUGGAAGGGAAUUGAGGGUUUAUGAAAAUUUGGAUGAACUUAAAGUUGAUCUGGUAGAGUAUAUAGCCAAAUUGUCGGAUGCAGCUGUUAAAGAGCGGGGUACUUUUGCCAUAGCUUUAUCGGGUGGUUCUGUCAUUGGUUUGAUUGGGGCACUUUGUCAAGCUCCUUACAGAGAGACCGUUGACUGGUCAGUGUGGCAAGUAUUUUGGGCUGAUGAACGCUUGGUGGCAAAGGAUCAUCCGGAUAGCAACUAUAAGCUAGCAAAGGAUGGUUUAUUUUCCAAGCUCAAGGUGCUUGUGCUUCCUAGUCAACUACAUUCUGUCAAUGGAUUGUUAUCAGCAGAGGAUGCUGCCGUGGACUAUGAGUUUGUCAUCAGGCAGCUAGUAAGGACCCGCUUGAUCGGGGUUUCUGAGACCAGCGACUGCCCGAAGUUCGACCUUGUUCUUCUCGACAUGGGUUCAGAUGGUCAUGUUGCCUCACUCUUCCCUGGUCACUUUGAUCCCGACGAGACAGAAGAAUGGGUGACCUACAUCACGGACUCACCCGAGCCUCCUUCAGGGAGGAUCACAUUCACUAUGCCUGUAAUCAACGCUGCAGCCAAUGUAGCUGUAAUUGCAACAGGCAGUGACAAAGCGGAGGCUGCGCACUUGGUAAUUGAUGAUGCUGGCCCUGAAUGUCCAUUGCCUGCAAAGAUGGUGAAUCCAGCCGACGGGAAAUUGACCUGGUUUUUGGACAAGCUGGCUGCAUCGAAGCUCGGUUCAUGUGCUCAAAGCUCUGAAUAGAUCUCUUCUCUUGUAGCAAAAUGUAUCUAGUGGGAGAAUCCAAAGGUAGGAGCAUAACCUUUAAAAGCUAGUUGGUACAUUUUAAACUCUAGGUUGUGUUUGUCAAUGGCUAGAAACUAAGCCAGAUUCUGUCUGUAGUUAACUUGCCCCGGAAGGGCCUCAACAGCAGUUUGUCGAAACGAUAGCUGUAUUGGCGCCGUUUGGCUUAUCUUAUUUUUAUUAGCGGAAAAAAUCAAGAAAAUUACAA